AAAAACAACAACUUUCUCUGUCCUUCACGAGACCAAGCACUGGACCUGAACUCCUGCAGGACUGAUAACACACAUCUCUCUCUCCCUCUCUCUCACACUCACACCCUCUCUCUCAGCACACUUCACUACUCGCUGCCUUUUUUUCGGGACUAGUGUGAUUUAUCUUUUUGUUGUUGUUGUUGUUGUUGUUGUUUCCUUUUUUUUAUUUUUUAUUUUUCACUGCCUUUGCUGACCUUCUCAGCCGAGUGGAUUUUACUUUUAUCCUGUGGCGGACCAUGGGGCUGGGGUGGAGGGGAGCAGCAGGGACCCUCCGGAGAAGGACAGAGGGGAGCAGGUACCUUCUGGUGACAUUGCUGCUGCUGCUCUGUGGUUUCUGGGAGGCUCACACACAGACAGAGGAUGGGAAGUCCGUCUACUUCUGGGAAACAGGUCCGUGGGGAAGGUGCAUGGGCAGUGACUGUGGCCCAGGUGGCAGCCAAAGCCGGGCAGUGUGGUGCGCCCACGUGGACGGCUGGACGACGCUUCACACCAACUGUGAGCAGGGCGAGCGUCCCUCCAACCAGAGGAACUGUUUCCGUGUGUGCGACUGGCACAAGGACCUCUAUGACUGGAAACUAGGUGCCUGGAACGAGUGUGUGCCAGUGUCGGCACGGACCUUUGGGGCCGCUCGGCCGUUCACGUGCAGUGGAGGUGAAGAGGGCAUUCAGACGCGGGAGGUGAACUGUUUACUCAAGUCAGAUGGCACUCCGGCUGAGGAUUGCAUCUGUGAUUACUUUGAGCCCAUGCCUCGCCUGGAACAGGCCUGUUUGAUCCCUUGCCCUCAGGAUUGUGUGGUUUCUGAGUACUCGCCAUGGACGUCCUGCUCCAAAACAUGUGGAACAGGCCUCAGGAACCGGGUCCGCAGCGUCCUGGUCCCUCCACUUUUUGGAGGCUCUGUGUGCCCCAACCUAACUGAGUUCCAGUCCUGUAAACCGGGGCCUUGCACAGGUCCAGAGGGCAUGUACAGCCUGAGGAUCGGAGCCUGGAGCCCUUGUUCCCUCCCGCAGGCACGGACAGCACGACAAGCCAAGCGCAGGAAAGGUAAAGGCGAGGGGCUCCGGGACCGGCCGGGAGUCAAAGAUCCCGAGACCAGGGAGCUCAUCCAGAAGAAACGGACCAGGAACCGACUGAACCGCCAGGAGAGUCCGUUCUGGGACAUCCAGGUGGGCUACCAGACCCGGGACGUGAUCUGCAUCCACAGGAACGGGAGCGCUGCCGGACGCAGCCUCUGUACGAUGAGGGACCUGCCGCUGACCGUCCAGUCCUGUGUGCUCCCUAAAGACUGCCAGCUGACCGACUGGACCGACUGGGGCCCUUGCUCCAAAGCCUGCGUGGACCCCGUGUUCCCGAGAGGAAACCGAACCCGGAGCCGACAGGUGCUGCAGUUCCCGGUGGGCGAGGGGGCGGAGUGCCCGCAGGUGGAGGAGCUGGAGUCUUGUGAACCUCAAGGGGACGGGGUGCCGCCCUGCGCCACUUACACCUGGAGGAGCACCGAGUGGAGCGACUGCCGGGUGGACGUGCUGCUGAGCCAACAGGACCGGCGCCGCAACAACGCCACGGAGCUGUGUGGGGGGGGCCUGCAGACCAGAGAGGUUUACUGUGUGGAGGCCAAUGCUGAGCUCCUGAAGUAUCUCAACGACCUCAGGGAAAAAGACAAAGCGGGUCAGACCCAAAGACAGCAGAAGCCUAGUGUCCCCCCUCUCCUCUCCAUCAGCUUCCAGAUUACAGCCUCUCGCCCGGUGGAGAACAGACUGUGCGAGGGGCCGAUCCCCAACCGGUCGCAGCUUUGCCAAAUCCCCUGUCCCAUCGAGUGUGAGGUGUCGCCGUGGGGCGCCUGGGGGCCGUGCACCUUCGAGAACUGUGACGACCAGGCCGGGAAGAAAGGUUUUAAACUGAGGAAGCGACGAAUCAGCAAUGAGCCGACGGGCGGACCGGGGAACUGCCCUCACCUGGUGGAGGCGGUGCCGUGUGACGAGCCCAGUUGUUACCAGUGGAAGCUGCUCAGCCUGGACCAGUGUGUCCCAGACGACGAGAAGAAGUGUGGCCCCGGCUCCCAGCUCCCACAGAUCCAGUGCCUCAACAGCAAUGGGGAGGUGGGGGACAGAAACCUGUGCUCAUCAUCCCCGGCUCCCGAGCCCGUGCCCUGCGAGGUGCCUUGCUCCAGGGACUGUGUGCUCAGCGACUGGACGCCCUGGUCCACCUGCUCCCAGACCUGCUCCAGUAAGACCAUCGAGGGGAAGCAGAUGAGGAUCCGCUCCAUCCUGGCGUACAACGCCGGCGAAGUCACUGCGAUGGUCAUAGCGUGGAUCACGGUGAUGGAGGGUCUUUCACGGGUCCCGAGGUUUCCAGAACUUUUUGGCGGCGCCCUGUGUCCCAACAGCAGCUCCCUGCAGGAGGUGCGUAACUGCAACGAGCACGCCUGCACGGUUUACCACUGGUCCACCGGAGCCUGGGGACUUUGUUCUGAAGACCCCUCGUCCACGUCCCUCAACACGUCCACGAGCGGCCGCGCAGCCGGCAGCACCCAGGGUCCCUGCUCCACGGGACUGCAGACUCGCAAGGUCAUGUGUGUGCGGGUCAAUGUGGGACAGGUGCCUCCUAAGAAGUGUCCAGACGGCCCUCGCCCCGGCACAGUGCGCCCGUGUCAGCUGCCCUGCAGGAAGGAUUGCAUCGUGACCCCGUUCAGCGACUGGACGCCGUGUCCGGUCACCUGCGACGAAGCUGGAAACCCUGUGAAGAGCAAGCAGUGGAGGAAGCGUCUCGUCAUCCAGCUGCCGUCCAACGGGGGACAGGAGUGUCCAGAGCUGCUGGAGGAGGAGAAGGACUGUGAGGUCCCCAAAGUCUGUCCAGGUUUCAGGUGGAAAACCCACAAAUGGAGGAAGUGCCAGCUGGUGCCGUGGUUCCUCCGACAGGAGAGUCCCACAGCGCAGGAGAGCUGUGGACCCGGACUUCAAACCAGAGCCGUGUCCUGUCGCCAGCUGGACGGGACGCAGGCCGACAUCGGCGAGUGUCUGAGGUACGCCAAGGCCAUGCCGGUCAUCACUCAGCACUGUCAGCUCCCCUGCCAGGACGACUGCCAGCUGACCAACUGGUCCAAGUUCUCCUCCUGCACAGCGGACUGCGUCGGCGUCCGCACCCGGAAGAGGGCGUUGAUAGGGAGGAGCAAGAAGAAAGACAAGUGCAAGAACACGCAGAUGUAUCCGCUGAGCGAGACCCAGUACUGUCCCUGCGACAAGUACAACGCCCAGCCGGUGGGCAACUGGUCGGACUGCAUCCUGCCCGAGGGGGGCAGAGUGGAGAGCGUCCUGGGACUGAAGGUCCAGGGAGACAUCAAGGAGUGUGGACAGGGCUACCGCUACCAGGCCAUGGUGUGCUACGACCAGGACAGCCGGCUGGUGGAGACCCUGCGCUGCAACAGUCACGGUUACAUCGAGGAGGCGUGCAUCAUCCCCUGUCCUUCAGACUGUAAACUCAGUGAAUGGUCCAACUGGUCGCGCUGCAGCAAGUCCUGUGGCAGCGGCGUCAAGGUUCGCUCCAAGUGGCUCCGAGAGAAACCGUACAACGGGGGGCGGCCAUGUCCCAAACUCGACCACCUCAACCAGGUUCCUCUCUCCGCUCAGGUCUACGAGGUGGUUCCAUGUCAGAGCGACUGUAACCAGUACGUGUGGCUGGCCGAGCCCUGGAGCGUGUGGAAGGUCAGCAACGUGGACCUGAAGGAGAACUGUGGAGAGGGCGUCCAGACCAGAAAAGUCAGGUGCAUGCUGAACACCAUCGACGGGCCCUCGGAGUCGGUGGAGGACUACCUCUGUGACCCGGAGGAGAUGCCCCUGGGGGCCAGGGAGAGCCGGCUGCCCUGCCCCGAGGACUGCGUUCUCAACGACUGGGGGCCCUGGAGCCGCUGCAGCCUGCCGUGUACUCGAACCAACAGCCGGAUUCGCACAGCGUACCCAAUCCGGUCUCCCAGUGGGGGGAGGCAGUGUCCAGACACCACUGAUAGGGAGCCCUGCGGCCUGAACCUCAACUGCUUCAACUACUUCUACAACAUCACAGACUGGAGCACGUGUCAGCUGAGUCAGAACGCCGUGUGCGGGAGCGGCAUCAAGACCCGGAUGCUCGACUGUGUUCGGAGCGACGGCAAAUCUGUGGACAUCAAGUUCUGCGAGGAGUUGAAUCUGGAGAAGAAGUGGCAGAUGAACAUCUCCUGUGUGGUCGAGUGUCCCGUCAACUGCCAGCUGUCGGAGUGGUCGCCCUGGUCAGACUGUUCCCAGACCUGCGGACUGGAGGGGAAGAUGUGGCGGCAGCGCUCGGUGGUCCAGGCGUCUCAGGGGGACGGCCGGCCGUGUCCUUCUCAGAUGGAGCAGUGGAAGCCCUGUCCCGUCCGGCCCUGCUACCGCUGGCAGUACAGCCCCUGGUCUGAGUGUCGGGUGGAGAGUGUGGUGUGCGGACACGGCACGCGCUACAGGAACCUGUCCUGCUUCGUGUCGGACGGCUCCAUGGACAGUGAGGGCGAGGGCGAGGGCAGCCUGGUGGACGAGGAGCUGUGCGGCAGCCUGGAGCUCGCCGUGGACGGAGACAAGCAGAUCACACUGAAGGAAGCCUGCACCCUCCCCUGCCCAGGUGAGUGUUACCUGAUGGAGUGGUCGGACUGGAGCUCGUGUGUGAGCAUCUGCGUCAAAGAUGCGGCCGUGGACUUCGGCUCGGUGCAGGUCCGCUCGCGAGCCGUUCUGGCCCAGGAGCCCGAGAACCUGCAGCUGUGCCCGGACCAGGCGUGGGAGUCGCAGCCCUGCAGCGGUGAGUGGCAGCGUCGACUCACUGUCGGACAGUUUGACAAGUUGAACGGAAUGAAAACUCCCUGA